AUGCGGUGCUUUCUUUACGCCGCUGCCGGGUUUGCGCUCGCAACACCUGCUUUAGGCAACUCCACCAGCUGGGUUUGGCAAGACAAUCCGAGCUCCGUUUUGAAAGAUCCAGAGUACCAUGCCGGGCCUAGCGGUGCAGAAAUGGACUUGGAUCGCGCUCACAUCGGGCCAGUGCUAUAUGGCGGCGCUGGUGUAUGGCAAUGUGCCAAUCGAGGCCAUGUAGCACUCACCUUCGACGACGGCCCCUCCAAUUUUACAGCCAACAUCGCACGCGCCUUUGAGAAAGAGAACAUGAGGGUGACGUUCUUCAUGACAGGCUACAAUCUUGGCCGUAAGAUCGACUCCGGCCCGUGGCCAGCACUCAUCCGCAAGCUCGACAAGGCCGGCCACCAGAUUGGCAGCCACUCCUGGAUUCACAAGAACUUUGGCAAGGUCAGCGCCAAAGAGAUCGAAGACGAGAUGAGAUUCAAUGAGAAGGCGUUCAUGAAGAUUUUCAAGAAGGUCCCAAGAUACAUGCGGCCCCCUUUUGCCAUAUGCCCGAAGGCAUGCGCCGAGGUCAUGGAAAAUCUUGGUUACCACAUCAUCCAGUUCAACCUGGACUCACUAGACUACAAACACCAGAAGAAGGGACUAAUCCAGAAGUCUAUCAACAAGAUAGACAAGCAAAUGGGACCCAAUGGCACAGGCUCGUACAUUGUGCUAAACCAUGAUAUCCAUGAGUUGACGGCCACGUCCCUUGUUCCUGCCGUGAUCAAGUUCGUCAAGCAACGUGGCUACAAGGCCGUCACCGUCGGAGAAUGCCUCAAUGACCCGAAGGUGAACUGGUACAGAGACGAGUGGGGUGGUGUUUAUGAGUAA